UUCUGCUUGUUGGUUACAUUGUAUCGCUCCCCUCAGCAUUGAACGAUCCAAACAGCCAUCAAGAUAUUAGAGAUUUCAACGAAAUCAAAUCCAGGAAUUAAACUGGUGAGGAAACUGCCAGAAUAUUGGAUUUUUACAAUUUGGACUAAAGAAAGGAUAUGCUUUAUUUUCAACCAGGGCUUUAAACUGAUUUUCAACGGGAUCUCAACGUGUGAUGGCAGCAGUCCAGUGAAUUAGCCGUUCCCUUCCCCUGGCGUUGGAUUUCUUGGGAGCACGUUGAUUGAUUUGUCUGUGUAUAUUUGCACAUUGGGGGGGAGGUGGGGUGGGUCAUCAAAGUGGUUUUUACCUUUACUAUCAGGAUCUAUGGAGUGUACAUAAACAUUCGCUGGAUUGGGUUUGUCAAAAGGAGCAAACGAUGUGGGUUACUGGGAAGGGGAUACGGAGAAGACCCUAAAGCUGCUGAAACCCUCUUCUCCCACUGCCUCCAGCGGUCUGAGAAGGUCAGACUUAACUGUGGCGCGCCUGGGCCGCUGGCACUAAGAUGUCCCUAAGCAGUGGUACUGCAGGAGGGAAAGGUGUGGACUCGAAUGCGGUGGACACAUAUGACAGCGGUGACGAAUGGGAUAUAGGUGUUGGCAAUCUGAUCAUUGACCUUGACGCAGACCUAGAAAAGGACAAACUUGAGAUGUCUGGCACUAAAGACGGUGGGGGCAUGGCUGCCCCUCCCAGCGCUGUAGCAGCUCUACCCGACAACGUUACAUUUGUUAGCCCCGUAUCCGCUACUCAAGGCAAAGAGAGUAAACCCAAAUCCAAGCGAAGUAAGAACUCAAAGGACAGUGGCAAGGCCUCGGUUACAGACGGGGCCAAGAAAGACGCCCAGGUGCGAACCCAGGGUGAGGUCACAGGACCCGCCGUUGGCACAGGUCCCACGGCAAACUCAAACUCUGGAAAGGGUGCUGAGAAGAGCAGCAAAGCCUCCCGUAAUGUUUCUGGUGGAAAGAAGGACAAGGAGGUGGGCUCUGGGAAAAGUAAGAAGGAGAGAAGUGAAUCUGUGGCUACUAUUGAGAAGGAUGUAGGUGUCCUAGUGUUGCCUUUGGCAUGUCGUGGCGUUCCAUUUGAAGGUACGCAAAGUACAGACUUGGCUGUGGCUGAGCAACUUGGGAAUAUCGCCCUGGAUUCCACACGGAUUGUUGUACCACCGUUAGCCAUUAAAAGUGAGCCAGAGGAGAUGGACAACGGCGAUUGCAGAAACCUGAAGAAAAUGAAAAGUGAGAAGAUGGAGUCUCCGGUGUCCGUGCCCGCCACUCCACCACUCCAUCUCAUGGCGCCGGUGGGCAACAGCAAUGACAGCAUCGCCUCACCCUGUGAGCAGAUCAUGGUGCGCACGCGCUCAGUGGCGUCCAACACGACGGACAUGGCCUUGGCCACGGAGCCCGAGUGCCUGGGGCCCUGCGAACCCGGGACCAGCGUCAACCUGGAGGGCAUCGUCUGGCAGGAGACCGAGGACGGCAUGCUGGUAGUUAACGUGACCUGGAGAAACAAGACCUAUGUCGGCACCCUCCUGGACUGCACCAGACACAACUGGGCCCCGCCAAGGUUCUGUGAGUCCCCCACCAGUGACUUGGAGAUGAGGAACGGCCGGGGCCGGGGGAAGAGGAUGAGGCCUAACGGAAACACACCCGUCAACGAGAACAGCAACUCGUCGGACAACAAGGGCAGCGGCACCAGCAAGACGCGCGCCGCCAACAGCAGCAGCAAGAGCCGGCGGGGAACGCCGCCCAACAGCAACACAGAAGACGUCAAAGCCAGCCCUUCGUCGGCUAACAAGCGCAAGAACAAGCCCGCCUCAGACAUGGAGCCCAACUCCAGCUCGGAGGACACCAAGGGCAGCAAACGCAUGCGCACCAACUCCAACAGCGGCCCUGGAGGAGUGCCCCAGCCGCCUCACACCGUCCUCCCUGGCAAACCCAGCAUAAAGAUGGAGCCACUGCCCCCACAGCAACUCGACCGCAACUGCCCUUCGCCGGUGCUCAUUGACUGCCCGCACCCCAACUGCAACAAGAAGUACAAGCACAUUAAUGGCCUCAAGUACCACCAGGCCCGUGCCCACAAUGAUGAUGACAUCAAGCUGGACAUGGACGGGGACAGUGAGUACGGGGAGGACUCUACGCUCCACCCCGAUCCGAGCAGCUGCAAUGGGGCCUCCAUCUCUCAAAAGGGCUGCUUGUCACCAGCUCGCUCAGUCACGCCCAAGGGUAGGGGCUUUGAGGCCCAGACUCCGUCGCCCUCCUCGGGUAAGUUUGGCUCCAAGCAGGGUAAAAAGAAGCCCUGCGAGAUCGAUCUAGAGGCAGGGGGCAUGCCCAUGGAUGGCUGUGAGGACGGGCCCUGCCUAACGGACGAGGCCAGCAACGACGGCAUGGACGACAAGAAGGACAAAUCCAAGAAGACGGGUAGUGGCUCCAAGGCAGACAAGCUGGCCCAGAAGGGCAUGAAGUUAACGCGGCCCAUCGCCCCGACCAUACCACCUCAGCAGCUCUACUCCCUACAGACGGCAGGUGGCUUCCCUGCAGCCAGCCCUGGCUCCACCCCUGCCAUUAGUUCAGCAGUUCAGUCUAUCCCCAAGAGCCCACAGCUGAAAGCGAUCCAGCCCAAGCCCUCGGCCCUGGGAGACCCCUCGUCUGUGAACCCAGCGCUGAGCGGCUCCAAGGACAAGAAGAAGAAAGACAAGAAGAAGAAGGAGGCAGGAAAGGAGGGAGAUAGCCCCAAAGGGAAAGGGGGAAAGCCAGAGGAAGGCAAGAGCCCGUACUCUGAAUCUUCGGACCCGGGGAGCAAAGGCGACGGGCUGCUGAACGGCUCAUCAGACCCCCACCAGAGCCGGCUGGCCAGCAUCAAGGCCGAGGCGGACAAGAUCUACAGCUUCACCGACAACGCUCCCAGUCCCUCCAUCGGUGUGGCCAGCAGGAUAGAGGCUGGAGGCAUGGCCCAGCCCCUCACCCCACUCCAUGUGGUCACACAGAACGGAGCCGACAACUCCUCGGUGAAGACCAACAGCCCGGCCUACUCUGACAUCUCAGACGCGGGCGAGGAUGGCGAGGGCCGGGUGGAGGGCGUCAAGGGAGUCAAGUCUGAGGAGCAGGCCACCCGAGAGGGGGCCAAGAAGUCCCUGUUCCCCACCCAAACAGCCAGCAAGGAGUCCCCCUACUAUCCCGGCUACGAAAAUUAUUACUCCCCAAACUACGCCAACCCUAACCCUAGCCCGGGGGUGUCGGCCACGGGGGGCGCACAACAGGAGGGGGCCCAGGUCAAGGUGAAAAAAGAGGAGCAGCAGGAGGAGCGUAAGGUCAAGCAGGAGCAGCAGGAGGAGCGUAAGGUCAAGCAGGAGCAGCAGGAGGAGCGUAAGCCCGAGAUAGGUACCUCUGGACCGGGGCAACAGCAGCAGCAACAGGCCUCGGUCAUCCAGCAGCGCUCCAACAUGUAUAUGCAGCCUCUCUACUACAACCAGUAUGCCUACGUUCCCCCGUACGCCUACCACCCGGACCAGGCCUACCACAACCACCUGCUGAACACCAACCCGGCCUACCGGCAGCAGUACGAUGAGCGGCAGAGGCAGGUGGUAGCCGAGCAGCACCGCGCCGCAGAGAAGAAAUCAGACGCUGCUGGAAAGGAGCGAGAGCGAGAGGGCUCCUCAGGGAAGGAGCGGGGUGAGGAAUGGAAGCAGAAGGCUUUGGUGCCCCCCACCCUGUCCAAGGCUCCCAGUGUCACAGACCUGGGCAAAGGCGGGCCGCCCCAGGGCAAGCCGCCCAAAGAGCCCUCGUCCUCCUCGGAGCAGACCAAGUCAUCGGUCAUCAUGCCCAAGGGGGAGGACGCCAAGGCGCCGGCCCAGCAGGCUGAAGGGCUGAAGAUGAAGCUGAGUGAAGGAGGGCACCAUGGGAAGGGGGAUGAACCCAAGGCGGGCAUGGAGUCCGGCAGGCCCUCGGCCAUGGAACAGGCCAUGUGGUACAGACAGGAGCCUGACUCGCGGCUGUGGCCUUACCUCUACCCCAGCAAAUACCCUGAGGCCCAGAAACCACAGGAUGUGGAGCGCCACAGGGAAAGAGACAGAGACAGAGGAGAGCGGGACAGAGACCGAAAGGGCAAGGAGGCCAGGGACGAGAGGGCUCGGCCCAAAGACCCCACCCCGAAGGAGGAGAGCAAAGAGGGGGUUGAGCCCCGGUUGUCUUUGGCCUUGGAGGAACACCGGGGGGUGGGAAAGGACCCAAGGGCCACCGCUGGCCACAUGCAGUUCUCCUCUCCCAUGGCCCAGCACCAAGGCUACAUGCCUUACAUGCAUGGAGCCUACGCUUACGGCCAGGGCUAUGACCCCAGCCACCCGGGCUACCGUGGGAUGCCAUCAGUCAUGAUGCAGAACUACCCUGGGUCCUACUACUCAUUCUCCCCCUAUGGCAGUAAGAUGGGGCCGGGCGAGGAAGGCGGCGAGAAGGCAGCGCGCGCCAGCCCCACGGUCAGUGGCAAGUCGUCCUCCGAGGCCAAGGCCCUGGACAUUCUUCAGCAGCACGCCAGCCAGUACAAGAGCAAGUCGCCCACGGUUGGCGACAAGACCUCCUCGCAUGAAAGGGAACGGGAGCGCGCUGUGGCCGAGCGCGAGCGAGACUUGGACCGGCCGCGUUCCUCUCCCUCACAGCGCAUCAUGCCUUCCCAUCACCACCUGGGCUACCCGCUGCUCUCGGGGCAGUACGACCUGUCCUACGCCACAGGUCUCUCUUCAUCAGCCAUAGUUGCCAGUCAACAAGCCUCCUCCCCCUCCAUGUACCCCCCUGCACGGAGAUGAGAAUGGGAGACCUGAUUGGCUGACCUCGACCUUGCUUGGAGCCAUGUGACUGGAUCACACGAAGAAGCCUGCUGCAGAGCUCAUUUUAAGACAUCAGUUCAAUGGUGUUUGGUGUUUGUUUUUUUAGUUUCUGCCUGGUUGUUCCGGCUGUUCUGCUUCCUCCUCCCUCCGCUAGUGGGAUGGCCACCCUACGGCAAGGCUUCCCGUGGCUGGGUUGAGAGCCCCCUCCUCUGGCCGGCCAGUCACUCACGUGAUGGACUAAAAGGUCUGAGCGUUCUGAUGGAGUGAGGCCUUAUCACACGGACGGCCAUAUUGGAAGUGGAGGGUGCAGAUGGGACAGGGGGUCGAUCAGAAAUCACUACAUAGAGAUAUGGACCUAUAGGACUGAUGGCUGACCCUGAGACUUAGAGUAAUGGGUUGCAGCUUUACUUCUGGGUUGUUUCAUUCAACACCAAACUACCCACUGGCCCGUAGGACAUUUUGAGACAUUCAUUGCAAUGGACCCAUUUUUUUACAUUCUGUUUUUUUGUUGUUUGGGCCAGAGGAGGGGUGACUGAAAGAGGAGCGACUGGUUUUCGUUGUCUCCAUCCCUCUCCACCACUCUGGGCUUUCUAUGCAAGCCGAAGCUGCUCUUCUCCUUAAUACUGACAGAGACAGCCCUCCUCUUCCUCUGUUCAGUUUCAGGAGGAGAAACAUUCAAGUUCACGCUCUGUUGAAUCUGUAGUAGUUUUGUGUGAAAGGUUAUCAAUCGCCUACUUGAGUUCAUUCAGAGAGUCAAACUGUCCGUGUUUGUUGUUUUGUUGCUUUUUAUUUGUACAAGGCUUUUUAUUUUUGUGCGUUGUUCGUUCCACAGCAUUAGUCUCGUCACUAUUCAUGUUUUUGUAUUAUUUUAGCAGUUUAUUUGAAUUAUUUUUUCUUCUUUGUGUCUUGUUGGCUUGACGACCAUGUUUCCAUCUCACUCUGACCCAGUGGUAAAACGAACUCCUUUGGUUGUUUGUCCCUGUGCUGAACGCUACUGGCCUUUCUGUGGUGGCGGUGACAGCUGUCUCCUGGUUCCCUUUUCCAAAGGGUCAUCCAGUUUACAAAGUAGCUCCAAUGCAUCUGCUCCAGCUCCCUGCUGCUCAGCAAGGGCCCCGGCUUAAAGGGAGAGGACAUAUUUGUGCCUGGAGGUACUUUGGCUUAGAGAGAAGAGGAACGGAGAGGAGCAGAGAUGUACCAUCCUGGUGCUUUCCAAGCUGUGACCUGGCAGGUUGCACUAAUCAGAGGAGCUGCCUGGACUCUUCAGAUGCUGCCUCUAGUUCCAUCCAGCCGUCCAUCUUCACUGGGCACUGCAGAGGCUGGAGGGGGAGAGGGGUUCUCAGACAGGCAGGUAGCCCAGGUCGUAAAGUGCACAAGGCUUUUGUUUUGUCUGUUUGUGCACACUGUCUGGGACCUACAUGGCUAUAUGAGAACGGUCUACAAGCCACAGUCUGGCUGUCGCUAGUCUCUCACCGAACUGCAUCAUGGGUUAUCUGCAGUCCUCCCUCAUCAAUGGACAUGUAAGAACACAAAGGGGAAACUCUCUAGAGCUGUCAGAGGAUGCUCAGUAGAUAUGACUGCACUCACUCUCCCUCUGUUCUGGCCUGUAGUGAUGGAGAGACGGACAGCUCUCUCCCUCUGUUCUGGCCUGUAGUGAUGGAGAGACGGGCAGCUCUCUCCCUCUGUUCUGGCCUGUAGUGAUGGAGAGACGGACAGCUCUCUCCCUCUGUUCUGGCCUGUAGUGAUGGAGAGACGGGCAGCUCUCUCCCUCUGUUCUGGCCUGUAGUGAUGGAGAGACGGGCAGCUCUCUCCCUCUGUUCUGGCCUGUAGUGAUGGAGAGACGGGCAGCUCUCUCCUGUAAUAUUUAUUCUAGGACUUCUAGUUGUGGAGUGCUGUGUUACUGGGAGUUGGCACAUGCCCCUGUUAAUAUUUUGGUGAAUGAGCGCAAUUAGAAAAUGGAGUCUCUCCUGCAGGCCCACCUCCUCUCACCUCCCUCUCCUUUCCAACUAUCUCUGUCUGUGUGUGGCUGCAUGGUGUAAACAUUAGCCCCGCACAAUGUCCUUCCUAGUGGAUCAAGUCAGAUGCAAAUUUGCUUUGGGACACUGUUCCCAUCUCUGCCCCUCUCACUGUGGUUUCUGUUUAUAGUGUACAGAGGAAUUCGUUUUUUUUGUUGGACGCUAUUGGAAAAUGUCCUACGCUUUCUGUCUUGUUAGCCCCACCCCCCCCUUUCCGUUGUUGAUACAAUAUGAUAAACUGUGGAGUCCACCCCUUCAGUAGCCUCUGUUGUUAUUAACCCCUCCACCAGUAGCCUGUAUCCCCACUCUUGAAGCCCAUGAUGCCAUUUUAGUCCCCUCGUCGCAAACGUUCCCAAGCCACCUCGGCCACCCUCAAGGAAAACAAGUCACAUUUCAACCGUGUCAUUUUAACCCUCACUCGUUUGUUGCUCGUUUUUUUGUUUGUUUUUGGUUCCAUGAGAUACUGCUCACGAAUGCUUUGUGUUGUUAUUACUACCAGCUGGGAUAGACGAAGGCUGAGGGCCGAGCAGCUGUCCACAGAGGAGUGAUAGAGAGGUAGAACUCAGCAGAUUCACUCUUCUCCUGCUAAUGAUCCCCAUUAAUCCUGCCGCAGCCGCACAGCGCCCACUCAACCGCUUGUCUGUAAAUCAGUAAAUCUGAUUCGCCGUGAUGCUUUCCUUGCCCUUCAUGGAUCUGGCGUGCUUGGGAGAGCAGCACAGGAAAUCUGAACUAAUAAAUUAGAUUUUUUUGUGUGCGUGUGUGUUUUAUACAUAAAUGUGAUUUAGCGAAGCCGAUGGGAAUGACACGUUUGUUGUGGCAGCGGCGGUGAAACAGACCUCAAACAUACCAAAGUGGCGUUUCAUUCACCAAGAGAUCAGGCCAACGCUAUCAUGAACAAUUAAAUAGGCCGUGCUCAGAGCACUGCCCCCUGUGAGAGUCCAUUCAUUCCAGUAACACUCUAAUAGUUCUCCUAAUCAGACACGUUCCAGUUGAAUUCCCCUGCUAAACACUAAUAUAAGAGGCCUGUAGGAUCCAUAAUGAUCCAGUCACUAGAGAAAGGGGAUCUCCAUUCAAGUCAAUGUUCAAUGACGUCUGGAACGCCAUUCUAUUGCUUCUAUUUCUAUGGUAGGCUCAUCGAGGUUGACUUUGGUUCUGUCCUGUAGUGAUGUCAGUUCAUAUGUUACUGUUGUAUGAAUGUUGUUGACAGGUGACCUGGUUGAUAAGCCCUACUCUCACCACAAUACUGUUGAUGCUCAGCCUUGAUUGGAUGCUGGCACAGAUUAUAUUCCCCCCCCCCCCUGUCCUUUUCUCUGAAGUAGAGGGUUUAGGUUUUGUUUGGAAAUAUGUCUUGUCAUACAAUGGGAGAAGAGCCCGUGUUUUUAAAAAAAAAUGCUUUUAACACGUUCUGUAUGGAGUGAGAUGGGAGGUGAGGUCAGAACCAGAUUAUAUAUUAAUACUCAUUUAACGGGUCUGUUAAACCAGAAACUCUGCUGGUGAAAAAUGUUAGUUUUUUUAAUGAUACGCGGAAAAAAGUGCUUGGUACAUUUUUUUUUGAGGAUCGAGUUUGGGGAUUUUUUAAUAUUUUUUUAAUACAGACAGAAAUGAGAUAAUGAUCAUACUCCCACGGCAGCCGUUGUUGAGGUGUUGUCUCACUGUGCUUGGCUAGUCUGUCAUUCCUUGUGUUACUCACGCCGCGGGAGGACAAUGUUCUUGUGGGAUUUCUUUUUCCUGUUUCUUUAUUCAUAACCCCGCCCCCUAAACCCACGCCCCCUAAACCCACGUCCCCUAAACCCACGUCCCCUAAACCCACGUCCCAUAAACCCACGUCCCCAGAGCAGUGGCUCCGUAUCAGUCAUCGGUACUUGAGAGAA